UUCGUAUACAACACAUGCGCAGUCACAAACAUGUUUGCGUCAUUGUACAAACGUUUUCGUCUUUAAGUGUUGUACUGAAAUCCUAUUUUGCAUAAUUGGACGGUUUAAUACAUUGUUUCUUACACAUUAUUUUAUUGUCUAUUAGGCUAUGUGCAUUCAGCCAGUCGUGAAAAUUCCACGUGGGAGCAACUUUCUGCUCCAAAUAUAUAAAUGUUAUGAAGCCUCGUACUGUACUGACACAACUUAACGAAGCAGUUUUUUUUUCCAUCGCAUAGCGACUAAUUUCGUAACAGUGAUGGUUAAUGUUUGUCUUUUUUUCCCCCUCGGAAAGUGCCGCUAAGUCUCUACGUUCACGAGACGCCUGCAUUGAUCCUUAUGGCGAUAUCAGAUAAUAGUACCAGAUAAUAAUAAAUUGGCCGAGGCAAUUAAAUAUUUUAUUUCUGAGACACUUGCUACUCCGCGAUGUCGAAACGCCAAGUAUUCACGUUAAACAAACCAUUAAGGAAAAAUUCAAAUUUCAAUAGUUGCAUCGUGUACAGCUCGUCGAGAUGAGUCGAUUUGCCGCAUCGCCGACCAUCAUCAGACUAAAAAUAACUGCAUCACGGACGUUAUGCGAGAGCCGGGCUACUAAGGAACCCCCAGGGAAGGACGAGGAGGCAGGUUGCCCGAGCCCCCCACUGCCAUCAGGGCGGACGCUGAGACGCCAGCGGCGGCCCGCGGUGGGUGCAGGUCAAGGGCCAUCGGUGGGUGCAGGUCAAGGGCCAUCGGUUGGCCACCCCUGCUUUGGAGACAUUGACGAUGAGAAGCAAAGAGAUUAUCUGGAUUUGGAAGUAAAUGACACCGAGUCAUGCCCAACAGUGAAGAAAAUGAAGUGUGUGCCCAAGCCAAAUACUAAUUUCAUCUGUAUUUCUGACUCAGAUGAGGACCUCAGUCAAGAAGAAGACUCGUGGAAGAAUAAUUCUCCAGCCCCACCAUCUCCACCAGCACCUCGGCCUCGCCUCCAACAGAGACCCAGGAGAAGCCUUGACUCCAAAAUUUUGGAAGUGGAUCGUUUGCUGAGUGCUUGCCGGAGUGAGGUGGACACAAGUGGGCUGGAUGACUCACUGUCACUGGUUCCUCCACCUGACGCUCCUAAGGAGGAGGUCACUGCUAAGGUCCGCUGCCAAAGCAAAGUUCACCGGAUCAAGCUUUUACAUGAUGAGUGCUUCCAUUCCGUCGUAAGCCACAUAGCUAUCACCUGCGAGGUGGAGCCUGCGAGGGUGAGCCUCUUCCUACAAGAAAAGGAGAUCUCUCCCACUGACACCCCCUUGUCAGUCCAGCUGUCCAUCACCGACAUUAUCGAAUGCAUCAUCACAAAAUCAGCCCUGGCUCGAGAAGGACCCACACAUAAGCCUGCUAAUGCCAUCGCUCUGAAAGUGCAGAGCAAAGAGAAAAACUCAAUCCAGAUUAUAACCAUCGGCAAGACGGAGCCCCUGAGCGUGUUGAUGGAGAAGUACACAGCGUUGGUGGGGUCAGGCAAGCAACGCUUGGUGUUUGUGCUUGACGGAGCGGACCUUGACGGCACCAGCACGCCCCACGAACUCGACCUGGAGGAUGGCGACCUCAUCGAUGUGCGGGUCAUGUGAUGGAAAAUGAUUGGUAAUAUACGCCAUUACGUAGACUUCAAACUGUCGCUGCUGAAUUGUGUGCCCAACCAAGGCAAGGUUGGAUUUUAAUUCUGAAGUUUUGCCAUCGACCCCACGAGUAUCAGUGUUGUGCUGGAGAACGAAUGUUUACCAGUCAUAAUCAGCCUCUUUCAUUACUAUUUUUGGUUCUUCAAGAAUAUGAAUCCCUGCAGUCACAAAAGCUUUAAAUCGAAAUUUAUUUCAAUACUGUUUGUUGUUAAAUUUAACCACAUUAAUCAGAACCACAUACCAUAAACAGCCAAAAUAUAACUAAAACUACAAUUUAAGCUCAACCACAAAUCAAAAUAUAAUUGCAACCACAUUGUUACUAUAACCAUAAGCACAACAACCUGAUAACCAUCACAAUCCAAUCACAACCACCAUAUAUAGUAAUAGGUUUUACCCUUUUAACUGGCACAAAAAAAACCUGACACCUUUAUUCAAGGCAUCAUGUCUGCAAUAACCACAACACAA